AGCCCGCAGAUGUCAAACCCGCUGCAUUGUUUAAACAGUCAGCCCUUCAAUAUUAUCAGAGAUAUCUAUCAGGUUUUGUGUGUUCAAAUUAUCAAAUUUCCAACACUUAAUGAAUAAUAAAUAUCUAAUACAUUUGCAGCAUUUUGCGCUAUCAAAUUCAACACUGUACUCAUAAUGGACUAUACUUGAUAGGGAAUAUUUAUGUUUUCAAAACGUGUGAAAAAGAAAGAGUAAAAUCCUUUUUAACACAAGGAGAAAAUAUUAAUUUCUUGUUAGUUCUCUGUAAGAAAAGACGUAAUUUGGAUUUAUCGUAGAAUUAUAUUGUACCAAAACGUUAUAUGGCUUCAUCAUAGGAUUAUAGUGUAUCAAAACGUAUUUUGGACUUAUAGAUUUUUAGCGUACCAUGUAACAAAAAUGACAUAGUAACAAAAAUACUAAGUAAUAAUUUUGACAGAAAAAAAAAUGAAAAGAUUUUGUUUCAAAUUGUUUAGAAAGUUAAGCAACACGUUGUAAGUUGUUAAAUGCCACAUACAAAAGUAAUACGUCAUUUUUCAAAGCCUCGAGCCGCAAUUAAGGGGCCCGUGGGGCGAUAUAUUAUUCGUUUAGCGGGAACAGAUGGGCUUGAAAUCGGGUCAGAGGCUGGCACACCCAGAGAGUCGACCGUCCGCUUAAAGGGCUCAAUAGCAUCUCUAAAACCACUGACCAGUCAUAUUCUGAGGUUAAAACGUAGCAAAAAGAACAAGAUGAAACAAGUGAACAUAGAGUUCAAGGGAAUGGACACCGACAGGUCGUCGGCAGAAGAUAAAGUUCAUUUGCCGCCGUUGACGUCGACACUUACAUUUUCAGAUUAUCUGUGCAAGUGGUGUUUGACAUACGUCGGCCAGCGUCGGCAGUUCUGCUCCGCCGACUGCGCGGCUCAGUUCAAGCUUUGUCAAAGGAGAAGAGAACAGAAACAGAAUCUCAACAUAUCAGUAGAUUACUAUGGUAACGUGAAGCUCAGCAUCCAGGGGCUGCCCAUUGCAGCGGGCGAACACGGAGACGAUAUUCCGGUUGGAAAUUCAUAUCCGGUUCAGAAUGCUGGCGCCGGCGGCAGACGUGGACGCCGACGGAAAAGAUGUCGGAAUUGUGCAAAACUUCUCAAAGACGAGGAAGACUUGGAAUUCUGCGACGAGGCUUGUCAGGAAAUGUACAUUGAACGCAGUAAAAAGGAUGAUUUCGUUAAUAUAUUUCAACAAAAAGAAGCAGCGGAACGCCGUCGGAUACGAAAGUGGUUAACGGACGCCCAAGACCAGUAUACAAAACAAGUUGGCGACGGAUACCCAGAGGGUGCAGAUAUUACAAGCGGACCGGCUGCUCUAAAUCCGCUUCCGGUUACGAGAACUCCCAUACCUCCAAUACCACCCAUUCAAAUACCUAACACGGAAUCAUUAAAGCGUCCAAAAGAGUCGGCGAGAAGUUUAGGGAAUAGUGGGUUUUCGUUUCGACGUAUUCAGCACGUUCCCGAGACAACAUUUCGUCUGCAAAGAGAUGAGGUAAUAACAGGUGGUCCAGUGACAUUAAACCCUAUACCAUUAAGGAAAGGUCCACCACGCCCAACCCGAGGGAGAAACAUUGAUAUGGAUCCAGAUAAAAGGCAGUUGAUGAUCGACUUAAAGUGGAUACCUAAGUUCAAUAUAUAGUUCACAACAUAUACUUACAUGUCCAUCAACGUACAUUACUGUGUCACAUUCAUUUGGGAAGACAUUGUAUACUCGUUAUUACAAACAGUGAACCUAACAUUUCAAAUGAAUGCAAAUGCGCAUUGGUGUCAUUAGCACAGUAUUUGGUUUAAUAUGCUUCAACAUGUAUUAUGAGUUUAUUAUUUGAGAUAACGUAUGACAGUCUUGAUGCAUCUGUGUUAUAUCUGUUUUAAAACACGUUUUCGUUACAUUGCGCAGCUGUUCAUGUACUAGACGACAAAUAUCUAGAAAUAGGACGUAGAAUUCCGUACAUGGCACCGUUCAUUUUUUUUUCAUUUACAUUCAUUCUUAUAUUGUAGCUACCAUUCAUUCUAAUUUGUAAAUAUUUUAAGACAUUAUGAAUAUUUUCGCAAACAUUUCUAUCACAUUUUUGUUUUUGUUUAAUAUUUCGCUAAGACGGUGCAAAUAAAUAUUGUUUAUUAUGUU